AUGAAAUCUCAACUAGUUGUGCUUAUUGUGUGCUUGGCUGCCUUAUGCGUCGCCGAGGAGCAGCAAGCGGAGCAGCAGCAAGCAGCAGCGGCUAAGCACGUGGAGCACGGCCAUAACCCAAGCAACGACCCAAUCCGUCGCAUUUUAGAGGAGAAUACCGAGGUGCUGCAAAAAUUGGACAUUAAAGCACAUAGCAUUAGCAACUCCCAGAAGGGCAUUGAGAACAAGCUGAGGCUGCUGGGCCAGGAUGUAGCCGGUAUUGGUCGCUUGGAGGAUGGACUCAAGAAACUGGAGCGUGUCUCGGAGAGCAACUUUCAGCAAACAGCCAAUGGCAUCAAGAUCCUGUCGGCCAGCAUCAAAGCCGCCGAGAAUAGAACAGACAGAGCUAUUGUGAGCUUGGCACGUGGCCAGCAGGAUAUCAAACAGGUGCUCGUCAAGGUGGAUGCCAAUCAAAAUAGAUAUGAGCGUAACCUAGAUCAGGUGGCCAAGUCGGUGCACCAGCACCUAUCCGGUCUGGAUAAUUUGCUCAAACAGUCGGUGCUCAAGGAGCUGGUGGCGCUUGUGCAACUCUCCAAGAAACUGGACCAUGCACAGCGCCACAUUGAGGGCAAGGUCAACCAUUUGGAUGAGCUGACGGCGCUGAGCAGCAUUACGGCCAAUAAAGUACAACAUCUGGAGCUGGGUUUGCGCUCCGUAAACAGCACACAACAGCGCCAAUUGGCGGCCAUUGGGCAGACAGUGCAGCAGGUGGGCGCCACCACCUGGCAGAUUGACAAUAAGUUGGGCGUGCUCCUAAGCACACAGAAGAACAUUGAGCGUGCGCUGGUGGAGUGCAAGAAAUGUCACCACGAGCCCGAGCACAAAGAUCACAUUAAGCUACCAGAGCACCCACAAGAGCACUGGGAACAGCCUGCCUACAUAAACUACGAACACAAGGAUCAACACAAAACACCCUCGAAGCCGGACUACGAUAGCGGCUAUGCCAAUGCGGAUGAGGCUUCCUACCUGUACCAGCUCUGGUAUGGCAAGGAUGAUAAAUAG